GUACUCGUUGUUUCAAAGCGGGGCUCCCGGCUCACAGUAUUUCCAUCCCCUGGUUUCUCCCGCCUCGUUCCCCAAGAAAUCCCCAAAUUCGUUACCGCCGACAUGCCGCCGCCACACCGUCUCCUCCUCCUCGUCGCCAUCGUCGCCGUCCUCGGCAGCACCGCAAAUACCCUUCCCGUCCCCGGUCCCGCCGAGCUCACUGUCAGCUCGCACCCGCCGGCCUCCCUCCACCUCCCCCCAGCAGUACCCGUUGCUGGGGAGGAGGGCCGCAGCGGUGCUCCCUUCUGCACGCGUAUCCACCUUCGCGGCCACGACUCCCGCCUCCGCGACCCGUCCCGCUUCUUCCACGCCCUGCGGGUCCGCGCCAACACCUCCCGCCCCAACGCCCUCGAGCUCUGCUUCCACCGGAAUGCCACAGUGGGGCCGUGCAAGUGCGCGUCAUUGCUGUGGCAGAAGGUGCCCAAGAGUGGGCUCUGGGCACAGUCCAUCUCGCCGUAUGAUCACCGGAUUCUUGAUUUUCGGAUGCCGUCAGACCCUGCAAGGUCCAUCCUAGUGUCCACAGAGGAAGAGUUCUUGCUCCAUAGAGUGGUGUUCCUUGUCCUAGGGAUGGUGCUGAUGAUGGCAGCCCACACGCUUAGUCAGUCUGUAGUUUUCUACUAUGGUGGAGCAAUGACAAUUGGCAUUUUUCUUGUGGUACUGAUUAUACUCUUUCAGGGGAUGAAGCUCUUACCCACUGGUAGAAAGAGUUCUCUUGCUAUUUUUGCAUACUCUUCAGUUGUUGGCAUGACAACAUAUUUUCUGCACUAUUUGUCGGGACUGUUGCGUUCAAUGCUUGUGGAAAUUGGAAUUGCAGAAGACAUGCAUAAUCCUCUAGGUAUAUUCCUUCUCGUAUGUGUCAUCUUAGCUGGUGCCUGGUUUGGUUACUGGGGUGUCCGUAAACUCAUUCUGACAGAAGAAGGAUCCGUUGAUGAUGGUGUGGCUUAUUUUGUUGAGUGGGCUAUCUUGAUUAUUUCUGCUGUCAUGAUUCUCCAGAGUUCUUUGGACUAUCUAUUUGCAUUUGCAGCUUUAAUCUGUUGCAUAAUUAUCAAGAUUAUUUCAAGGAUUGAGGGAAAGCCAGAAUUUUUAUGUCAUUUAUCAAGUGGACUUUUCAAGGGCACCGCACGUGAAGAUUUGGGUGAAGGGUAUACCAGCCUAAAUGGAGUUCACCAAGAUGGGUUUGGCAAGCUUCAUGGUGAAUACCUUAAACGUACACCAAGAAGAAAUCCGCCUCUUGCAGGCUCAGGGAAGAAGAUGGCAUCGUCACAAAGUCUUGCUAGGGACAACUACUACUCCACCUUCCACACUACCCCAGAGAGGAGAAAGUUCUCAAAGGAGGAAUAUGAAGCAUUCACCAGGGAAGAGACAAAAAGGGGUAUGGAAGAGUUGCUGUCCUCACCAGAUUUCAACAGGUGGGCACUAGCCAAUGCGGACAGGAUUUCAGUGGCUCCACCAGGAACUCGACACAAUAACAGCAGCCAACAGCGACAUCGUUUCCUUGGAUUGUUCUAAGCUAUUGCAUGCAGUUGCAAGCUUGCAGCAACACAUGUGUUCAGUGAUUCUAUGUGGCUUGCAGGCUUGCACCAACACAUGUGUUCAGUGAUUAUACGUGGCUUAAGUACCGACGAUAGGAUAGCAGCUGAAUGUUUCCACGUUUAUUAGUGAAAAACAAAUUCACAGUAGGUUAGUCUUAGAUCAAAACAUCAGUUUAUCUUGUUCUUUCUAUGUGCUUUAUGAAUCUCAAGUAAUUUUCAAUUGUAUCACUGCAUGUCAUCCCUCGGCAUGGGGAAUGGAAUGAAGACAACAUCCAAUGCUAGUCAUAGAAACCAGAGACAGUUGAAGUUGCCAAAGAUUCAGCCUUGUCCUGGGAAAAUGAUUCCAUUGUUGUUAUGUCUGUAAGUAGUUGAAUUAUGGCUCCGCGAUGGAAUGAGAAACCUACUUUUUCUUAAUUUUGUUGUAAAGAGAAACUAGUCGAACUGUUGCAUGUAAAUUAAUUGACAGUAUUUUUUAUGACUUCAUGUUGCUGAAGUGUACGACGAAUGAAGUACUCA